GCCAGGAUGGUUAUUAGCCAAUCAGAAGUGUUAUUAUUGGAAUACUAUAGAUCAAGUGACCUUCACCCAGGCUCAUGAUGAAUGUCACUCACGUGGUUCAGAACUACUUAUGGUUGGUAGCUCCACAGAACAGCAAUGGAUAAACGUACAGACUGAAUCGUAUCCGACUUCUGGUUGGUGGCUUGGAUUAAAGAAACAGGAGGUAUCACCGUAUUCCUGGUCCUGGUUAGACGGUACAGUCGCUACUAAUAUUAAUUGGAAUAAAGAGCCUGAUAAUUAUGAUACACAAGAUUGUUGUACCUUGAAUCAGUAUAAUAAAUUCAGUGAUGAUUUCUGUACCAGUAAAUAUCCCUAUAUUUGUAAAUUCAAGAAAAAGGAAAAGGAAUACUGUCCAACGCCUGUUAAUGAUGAAAGAUGGGCGUAUCUUAUCUAUGCUUGUUAUUGGGUCGCAGAUCCGGCUAAUCCUUCAGAAUUUCUCAACUGGAACGAUGCCUUGGCUAAAUGCCAAUCCCUCAAUCCUCUCAAACGUGGUGGAAUGCACCUUUUGUCUGUUACUUCUGGAAUAGAAUCUGAUUUUUUCAGUACUGAGCUUCCAUAUCGAGCUGCUGGCGUAUCAACACCAUGGUGGACUGGGCUCAACGAUCGGGACAGGGAGGACUUCUAUAAAUGGGAAGAUGCCAAUACAUGGAACUCCUCCUUAACAUCAUGGGAUAAUGCACCAAGUAAUGGAUCAGAUGAAUCGUGUGCUAUCAUGUAUACAGGGGGUGUGGUCGAUGAUUAUAAGUGUUCGGGUAGAUCACAUUUCAUCUGUCAAAAAUCAGCUGUUCAAAAGAAAUUUGCAUUUGGCUGUCCUGAUCAUUGGCUAAGGGCAGGUCACUCUUGUUACCUGUUUGCUAAUAAUAGUAAAGUAUCGUGGCAGUCAGCGAGAUCUGUCUGUCAACGUGGCGGAGGGGAUUUAGUAAAAGUGAAUGCCGUUUCUGAAAAGUAUUGGUUAGAUCGACAGCUUAUAGGUAGUGGUGGAUAUUGGACUGGACUCAAUGAUAUAAAUACAGAAGGUGAUUAUAGAUGGUCUGAUGGAACUAAACUAGAUACACAAUACAUACAAUGGGACCAACAACCCCGUGAUGACUUGUCGAUUCCAGGAUGUGGUAGAAUGGGUCGUGAUGGAAGUUUUACUGAUGUUAGUUGUACACAAACACAGGGUUUUAUCUGUGAAUAUGUCAAUGAUCCAGGGGCUCCGUGUUUAAAUGGAUGGAUUUCUGAUGGUGGCUCCGCCUGUUAUUAUAUUAGUUCCACCAAUAUGACCGACCUGGUGAUGUGGACUGAAGUACAACAGACUUGUUUAGAUAGGGCGCAUGCACAAGAUGAUGAUCUGCAGGCUGGAUAUCUGGGACUAGAUUCUCAAGAUGAAGUAAAAUUUAUAAACAGUCUGCUGGCUAAGAUGCCGCUAACAGCCCGUGGUUGGUGGACUGGAUUGAAUGAUAGAUUAGUGGCCGGUGAAUGGGUGUGGGAAAGAGAUUCAGAUACAACCCCUAAUCCUGAUCUCAUCAAUUGGAAUGGCGAACCAAAUAAUUUUAAUAACGAAGAUUGUGCUGUGAUGUUACAAGGUGGAAGAUAUAAUGAUUUAGACUGUGCUGCCUUGGCUAAUUUCAUCUGUGAACAACCUGCUGGUAGCGUGACUGUAAAAUAUAGCUGGAUGUUAUUAAUAUCAUUAAUCUGUAUAUAUAAAAUAGUUUUACCCAUAAAUUAAUAUUAAACGUAUAUAUAAAAAUAGAUCUAUUAAUUAAAACAAAAAAUAAAUAGACUUCAAGUUUAGUACGCUACAUACUCCUCCAACUGAAUUGAAAUGAGGUUUAAUGGCUGUGCCAUCUGGUCUAAUGAAGGCGGUAGCACAUUCUUUAAAACCACAAGUUGUUUGUUGAAGUAAUAUUCUACCAAUGUUAUUCUCGAUCUAAAUGUAUUGUAUCGUGACGUUC